UUUUGCAGCACUGUUUUCUUAAUUUUAAAUUCCCAUAGGCGUACAGCGUCCAAACCAGAGAACAAUUUUAAGGACAAACCAAUGUUAAACCGAAAUGCAGAAACCUGACGAAAGUCCUAUUGGAAUGUCCUUAAGCCAGGAAGCUAUAAACAAGCGUCUGGCGGCCCUUAAUCGCUGGCAAGACGAGCAGAAGAGACUGUUGCAGGAGCGUCAAGACAACCAGCGAGUUUUGCUCGGCUUGGAACAGCGCAAUAUGUACAAAAUGUUGGGCUUACUGCACCCGGAGGCUGAAAGCCGGGAGAACAGUGUGCUGGAGGAGUCGCAGUGGGACGAGGAACCAUCUAUACAAAUGCCACGACUAGCGGCGGAGCAGGACGAUCAGGAAGUGGAGAUUUUAUUGAGCACUCCUCAGCCGGCCAAGCCCAAGCGUCCGUUCUUGCGCCGCGGUGAGGGACUGAAGCAGCGCUUUAAGAUCAAUCCCGACCAGCUAAAGCUGGAGAACCUGCCGCGCUACAAGUACGCCAACGCACACCCUCAGUUUCGCCAGCCCCAACUGAAGAAAGGGAUCCUCAAAAAGCGUCAGGCGGGAAUAGCUCCUCCUCCAGCUGCUCCUGCUCCCCAACCUCCGGAAAAACUCGAUCUUAACGAGCAACGCUUCCAGCAGGUGCUUAUCAACUCGAAGAACGUCUGCAAUUCGACUCCUGAUCUCAAGUCUUCCUAUGCCUCUUCCACCACUGCCUCCAGCAUUUCUCCCAGAGUUCGUUUUGUAGAGCAGAACAACAGAGCCGGGCAGACAGCGCAUGUCAAUGAUGAAACCUCUUCGGAGGCCAGCCCCUUGACUGGAGUGUGCUGGGCCAAGGUACUGGACACACAGAGCAUUAAGCCAGCUCACAUCCAAAGACGCUCUGCUCAAAUCCGAGUUGAAGAUGACAGUAAUGUAAGCAUCUUUGAGCUACUUGAACAGAAAGCCACUGAGGGCAACAUUGACAUGAACUCCAGCUGCAUUCGCACCUUUAUGGCGCGCAAGGACCAGCGCCGUGUAACAGCUGACGACUCAGACCACAUUGUGGUCACACAGCAGGUGCGGCAAAUGCGACUGCAACCGCAGGUAGACCAGGUGCUGGUUUCCGAAUUGGAUGACGAAGAGGAGGAGGACGACCAGCAGUCCAGCGACCAGACUCUGACAAUGACACCCAUCCAGGUGGGCAGAGCCCAAGUGAGAGUGCGCUUCUCCGAUUCCAAUGACACCCACGAAUACUCCGAUGCCACCAGCCUCAAUGACGGAUCCAAUGUUCAGCUGUUCGAACAGUUUAAGUCGGCUCUCUUCCAGGCCUUGGAGCAGAAAAAGAAGUCGAGUCCCAGCAAACAGUCAGAGGAACCACUUACACAAGAACUUCAGGAGAAGGCCAAUCUCGUGCGCACUCGCCUCGAGGAACUUGAGGCCGAGAUUGCCACUUUCAAGGCCCAGAAUGCCGAACUUCUUCGCCUUAAGCAGCAGCAUGAACUGGAGCGGGCCAAGUUCACCCAGGAUCACAUGGAGGCAAUGGAACGUGUACACGACGAAAAGAUCCAGGCGGAGAUCUACCUGCACGAUGAGCGAAUGAAAAUCGAGGAAGAGCGUCGGAAGUUCGAGCAGCAGAUGCGUCUCCAGAAGAGCAAUGCAAACACCAAGGAAAAGAAGGAGAUUGCCUCCUUGAAACAGGAAUUGGAGACCCUGCAGCUGCAGCUUAAGCAGAAGGAGCAGACCCACGUUUCGGCACAGGCACGACUUCGUGCUCAACUGCGGGCCAGUGAGAAGGAGCAGCGCAACUACCGUGACGAGAUCGAGGUGCUAGGCAAAGAAAACAAGCGACUGGAGCAGGAGUUGAUAAGGAUUGGUCGCGAGAACAACAGCAAGAUGCUGCAGGAGAUCAACCGAAACAUUGCCCGGCUAGCACCGAAGGUGUUGCCGUCCACUUCCAUAUCGCAGGUCCUGGAUGAGAACGGGCGUCGCACUCAGUCCCUGGAUGGCACUGCUGGUAAGCCUGUCAAGCAGCGAGAAGCUCCCCACCGACGACAGAGCAGCGGUAGUGCACAAGUGAGAAGUCGCAGCCGCUCCCUGGGCCGGAACAAGAAAAAGCCAGAUGCUUUGGAGGAAAGCUAUGCUUCCAGCAGUUCUGUGGACGCGGAAGAAGCCCUGCCACCAGCGACUGCACCCACGGUCGAUCCCCCAGCGACAGCCAACUCCAGCAGUGACUUCAAGCGGGAAAUUACAAAUGCGGAUGGCAGCAAGGACAUUUGGUAUCCUAAUGGCAACCUAAAGAAGAUCAGCGCAGAUGGCAUGCACGUUCGAAUGUUGUACUUCAAUAAGGACAUUAAGGAAACGGAUAUAAGGGAAGGCACAGUGAAGUAUUAUUACGCUGAGACCAACACCUGGCACACUUCCUACCUGGAUGGGUUGGAAAUACUCGAGUUUCCCAAUGGCCAGACCGAACAUCGUCGCAAAGAUGGCACCAUCGAGGUUCACUUUCCCAACAACAGCAUUAAAUUGGUGGAUCCAAACGAUGCAGAAAAGCUUGAGGAGUGGCGUUAUGCGGAUGGAACUCACCUAGUGCAUCUCCGGAAUGGGGACAAGAUUCUGAAUCUUCCCAAUGGUCAAAAGGAGAUUCACACCAAACUUAACAAGCGGAGGGAAUAUCCGGAUGGUACGGUUAAAUUGGUCUAUCCGGACGGCAGCCAAGAGACCCGCUACUCCAACGGUCGUGUUCGCUUAAAGGACAAAGAUGGCAAGCUCAUCAUGGACACAGACUAUGCAAAGUAUUAGGGGCUUUUCCUUGUAAAGUAUAGUUUUUUAAUAAAUAGAAAAAGUCGACACUACAAAAUAGAAAGUACAUUUUUCUGCGGGGUAGUGCUUCAAUAUUAAACAAACCAAGUUUACAUUGUUUUUAAUA